UUUUACUCUGAAGGUGACUUCCGGGGUGAUUGUGUGUAGCUUGACAGUUCCAGCGGCAGUCAGCAGGAUCGGGGAGCUUGUAGCAAGUUAGUGCUCGCUGGUGCCAACGCCCGGCGAAACAGACGGCUAGUAAACUAGCGGAGCUACGAAGAGAGAUUGCCAACGUUGUUGCCAGCAGCAUCAGAAAGCACAAAGAUGCAGACUAUCAAAUGUGUGGUGGUGGGUGAUGGAGCAGUGGGUAAAACCUGCCUAUUGAUUUCCUACACCACCAACAAAUUCCCCUCUGAAUAUGUACCAACGGUUUUUGACAACUAUGCAGUUACUGUUAUGAUCGGAGGUGAACCAUACACCCUGGGCUUAUUUGAUACCGCAGGUCAGGAAGACUACGAUCGGUUAAGACCUCUAAGCUACCCGCAGACAGAUGUCUUUCUAGUCUGUUUCUCUGUUGUUUCACCUUCCUCUUUUGAGAAUGUUAAAGAAAAGUGGGUCCCUGAAAUAACCCACCACUGUCCCAAGACCCCGUUCCUGUUGGUAGGCACUCAGAUCGACCUGCGUGACGACCCCUCCACUGUGGAGAAGCUAGCCAAGAACAAACAGAAGCCAAUCACCCCGGAAACAGCCGAGAAGCUUGCUCGUGACCUUAAGGCAGUCAAAUAUGUUGAGUGCUCAGCCCUAACACAGAAAGGAUUAAAGAAUGUGUUUGAUGAGGCAAUACUGGCUGCCCUGGAGCCUCCCGAACCUAAGAAAAGACGUAAAUGUGUUCUGCUCUAAAGGAGCGUCGCAGCCUUCCUCCACACCACUUUUCCAAAUCUAGGUUAACAGUACUGAAGAGGUUUUCUGCACGAGCACAUUCCAGCAUGAGUCGAGGUAUCAUGAAAUAUUUGCCUUCUGACUGACUUAACCUGAAUACAUAUUCACUGUGUUGAACUUGAUUUUUAAGACUGAGUAACAUUUGAUGCUGUUUGUGAUGAUUUGAUGCCAUUGAAAUGGUCCUUACAAGAUGUGAACACUGACUGUUUAAAGUUAUCAACAAACUGAAGCUGAGAUUAUUAGAUAGUGCUUCAGUUUGGUCCCAUUAUGUGAUUAUUUUACGCAAAUGUUUUUACAAAACAAAGGACAAUGAAGUAGUAUUUUCAUUAAUAGAGCAACUGUUUUAUUGACUGCCCUGUAAAACAAGCUGAUGAUGGAUUAAUGAUAUGCCGAAAUUAUGUCUUAGUAUGUCCCACGUGUUUUGUUUUUGUUUUUUUCUCUUGACGCAAUUCCCUCAAAUUUGAUCUUUUUUUCUAUUUCAUGUUAAACUUGGGUGUACAACACUGCAUUUGGUUAACAAUUUCUUAGUUUUCCAAACUUCAUUUUUGGAAGAAUGAUACAUUAAGGGUUAAUAAAAGCCAGUGUAUUUUACAUAAUUUAAUAUUCAGUGUCAACAAAGCCUAUGGGGCAGAUUUAUGACAUUUGACAUUUCUAGGUGAUGCUCCACCGUAGUUCUAGUUUGCCAAAAAAAAAAAAAAAAAAGAUUUAUUGAUGCCUGUCGGUGUAGAAAUCCACAGACUCUGAUGAACGAGUGGAGCUUAAGUUUUAAAUGCAAUUCUAACUCUCCAUUAGAAGUGAUAAAUCACUAAUAGCCAGUGUCGAUUUAGGUAAUCACAUUCAAGGAGUAAACAGUAGAGCACAAUAACUUCAAUUCACCUUUUGUAAUCAAAGUAAGUUAACAAGAGUGUGAUGGUGAAUGCUUAUCACAAGUUUUGAUGGCUGUAGGGGCGUCUCAGCCUAUAACCUCAGGCUAAGGAGCUAUUUUGUAAACUGAGCAUACCUGUUACUCACCACUCUGCAGCGUUGUUAAGUCAGACAAGAACACAUUGUGACCUGUUCUUAUAAAAUGCUAUAUAAUUGUU